CACCAUCUUGUUUUCCUCCUCAGCUGACGGGAGAAAAAAUAACUUAUUUAUUGUAUUUUCUUCACCUACUGUCAGCCUUGAGUGUCAGCCUUGAGUGUCAGCCUCGAGUGUCAGUCUUGAGUGUCAGCCUUGAGUGUCAGUCAUGUCUCUCUCCGUGGAUAUACAGUUAAAGAGAUCAAGUAAAAUAUACCAUGAAGGGGAAAAGGUCGCCGGGGUGUUGGUGCUCGACAGUCGCUCCGAGGCGCGGCACGACGGCAUAACUCUGACGAUGGAUGGGAUAGUUAGCGUCCAGUUGUCCCCCAGGAGUGCCGGCCUUAUCGAAUCGAUCGUUAAUUCGUCUAAGCCCAUUUCCAUCAUCAACCAAUCAGUGGAGGUCGUUAAGUCAGGAAAAAUACCAACAGGCCAGACUGAAAUACCCUUCGAAAUUCCCCUCGUUCCCCGCUCGUCGUCCAAGGUCCUGUACGAGACUUACCAUGGGGUGUACGUCACGGUCCAGUACUCUCUGAGGUGCGACAUUAAGCGGAGUCUUCUAGCAAAAGACAUCACCAAAUUACAGGAAUUUAUCGUGGAAUACAAACCCAGGAACCCUGAAGAGACAAUACCCGUCAGGUUUGAGAUCCGCCCAGACACCCUACAGAACGUCCGCGACCGGGCACGCAUCCCGCAUUUCCUGGUCACGGGUCAUCUAGACACGGCCGUUUACUCCCUCUCGCAGCCACUGACAGGAGAGCUAACGGUGUGCGAGUGCGAACGAGGUAUAAGCAGCAUCGAACUCCAACUGGUCCGUGUCGAGACGUGUGGCUCGACCGAGGGCUACACCAGGGAGGCCUCAGAGAUCCAGAACAUUCAGAUCGCAGAAGGAGAUGUGUGCAGGGGAGUGGCCAUACCUCUGUACAUGGUGUUUCCUCGCCUGUUUACCUGUAGCACCACUGAAGCACCCAGUUUUAAGAUUGAAUUUGAGCUGAACGUCGUUAUCAUCUUCGACAAUGAUCAUCUGGUAGUUGAGACGUUUCCCAUCAAGCUCGUUCGCAGUUAGAAAUCUACCAUUGUAUGCAGUUGCAAGUCCCACCAUAUGCAGUUGCAAGUUCCAUGUGAUUAGCCUUUAACUGGCAACUAAAUGAUAAAGAUUCAUUACUAAUUUACACUUAUAUACAAUGUACUACUUAUACUUUACAAUGUUGUUAGUGAAAUAUAAAGUAAUGUUCAAAUAAUAAUGAUAAUAAUAAUGAAGUUUACCUGUGUAGUUUAUAUACCUGUAAGAUUAUUAUUACUACUACUACUAUUAUUAACUGGGACCAUAAUUAAAUACUUUACAUAAAAUAAUUGACUAAACACAAUUAUCUAUCAAUAAUUAUAAGAAGCCUUGAUUAUAUAGCGAUAAUCUGUGAUAUAAUUCAAAGUCUAAUUAUAGAUAUUUUUUCUGAUGAUUUAAAUGUUUUUGUAUAAUCUUCUGAGUUAUAUUGGAUUUGUUUGUUUAUAAUUGAAUUGAUAAUGAAAAUAA